UUCGCACAGGACACGACUCUCCUAAGUGGCUACUCCGUGUUCACGCGAUCGUGCCCCUUUCAGUGUCGUGCCAAUCCCUGUGUGUAACUCGUGUUUCCAAUCACCACCAUGAGCUGUCCCGUGCGUAGUGGAUUCGUGGACUCCGUCCAGGGCGGUCACCAUUUGGGCUCGGAGGCCGGUAUGCUGUACGGCGAGUACCUGAUGCUGGACAAGGUACUUAGCGCCCAGCGGAUGCUGUCGGUCGAAGGCAACAAACCGGUGCACGAUGAGCAUCUUUUUAUCGUCACCCAUCAGGCGUACGAGCUGUGGUUUAAGCAAAUCAUUUUCGAGCUCGACUCGAUUCGCGGCUUGUUUAGCCACGAGCACAUCGAGGAAUCGCGCACGCUGGAGAUCCUUAAGCGCCUGAACCGCAUCGUCAUGAUCCUGAAGCUCCUGGUGGACCAAGUCCCCAUCCUGGAGACGAUGACACCGCUGGACUUUAUGGACUUCCGCGACUAUCUGUCGCCGGCAUCGGGCUUUCAGAGCCUACAGUUUCGGCUGCUGGAGAACAAGCUGGGCGUCAAGUCGGAGCACCGGGUGAAGUACAAUCAGAAGUACACGGAGGUGUUUGCGGGCGACCCCGGUGCCAUCGAGCGGCUGGCGGCCACGGAAUCGGAACCGUCGCUGGCGGAUCUGGUGCAGAAGUGGCUGGAACGUACGCCUGGUUUGGAGGAGGAUGGGUUCAACUUCUGGGGCAAGUUUCAGGAGAGCGUAGAGAAGCUGUUGGCCGACCAGGAAGCUAGCGCAAGGGAAGAAGAACACGAGCAUGUACGGGAGUACCGGCUGAUGGAUAUCGGAAAGCGUCGGGAAGUGUACAAGUCCAUCUUCGAUGCGCCGGUUCACGACGCGUUCGUGGCACGUGGUGAGCGGCGGUUCACCCACAAAGCCCUCCAGGGGGCCAUCAUGAUCACGUUCUAUCGUGAUGAGCCGCGCUUCAGUCAGCCACACCAGCUGUUGAUGCUGCUGAUGGACAUCGAUUCGCUGAUCACCAAAUGGAGAUAUAAUCACGUCAUCAUGGUGCAGCGCAUGAUCGGCUCGCAGCAGCUCGGCACCGGUGGCUCGUCCGGAUAUCAGUACUUGCGCUCGACUCUCAGUGACCGAUACAAGGUGUUCCUGGAUUUGUUCAAUCUUUCCACCUUCCUGAUCCCGCGCAAUACGAUCCCCCCGUUGACGAGCGAGAUGCAGAAGGCUCUCAACUUGGCCUGGGGUUCGCCGGCGCACAUGGCAGCCAGGAACGGGACGUUCCACUGACCACACUGCCCGUAUGGGAACGCAAGGUGCUCUCUUGAGUGCGAAUUGUAAAAUGUGUGCUACUCCUGAAUAUAUAGCCCCGUGAAGGGGCAUCCCAAUAAAAGUAUA